UGCUGGGAACGCCUGCGCACUGCGUUCGUGGGCUGAGAGGGGUGGGCUGCGCCGCAUUGCGCUGGGUUCUUUGGUCCUCGCCACGGGGGAUUGUGGGAGACUGCAGGGGGAGCGGGCAGACUGGCUGCGGCAGACAGACGGACGGGUCGGCGGGCAGGCGAAAGCCGCCGGGACCGAGAGCGGACAGACCGCACGAAGCCUCGACGGAAGAGGAUAAGGACUCGGCCCGCCAGUCCGCCUGGGGCUUUCCGGGGCCCGCGGGAACGGGGGAGGGUCCGGGAGGGGCGUCCCGCUGAGGCUUCCUUUUAUAGGGCGCGAGGCUCUGACACCUCUGCAGCUAUCUCCCUCUUCCCCUCCCCCCUUCCGCGCCUGCGCGUGAGUCUAUUCGCCGACCCGCGGAGCUUUUCUAGAGCGGCUGCGUGAGAUCCCCUCCCCCCCUCCUAGCUUCAAGGCGCCUGCGCGCCAGCUCCCGCCCCUUCCCGCCCUCUGCGGCUUCUCUGCCGCGCCUGCGCGCCAGCCAUUUUGCUGCCGUCUCUCAGUUCUGCGCCCGAGCUUUGCCUGCAGAGGCUGCAGACAGAGACGCAGGGGCGGCCGAGGCGGACGCAGGAACCAGAGCGGAGCAGGCGCCGCGUUCCCGGCCCGGCCCCGGCCGCGAAGACCCGCACCUGCGAGAGGAGGAAAAGGAGUAGGGGGUGGGGUGGGUGAGAAGCCGCAGGAGUCUUUCCCUCCCCCCCCGCGCGCGGCCCCCCCCCCUCCCGCGGGCGGUUUAGGGCGCCUGCGCGGCCCGGGGUGCGCGCGCCCGCUGCCCCGCCCCGCCUUCUCCCGCGGCGCGCGACCCGAUGUGCCCGAGGCCGAAGCAGCCGUCGUCGCCCGCGCGCCCAGGGCGCCAUGUUCUGGAAGUUUGACCUGCACACCAGUUCGCACAUCGACACGCUGCUGCAGAGGGAUGACCUGGCCCUGGCCGAGCUUCUGGACGAGGAGGAUGUGCUGCAGGAGUGUAAGGUGCUGCACCCCAAGCUGCUGGACUUCCUGCUGCGCCCGGCCCACCUGCAGGCCCUUGUGGACUGGGUCACUCGGGAGCCCCCAGCCGCUGGCGACGAGCGUCUUCGCUACAAGUACCCCAGUGUGUCCUGUGAGAUCCUGACCUCAGACGUCCCCCAGAUCAAUGAUGCUCUCGGGGAGGACGAGGCCCUUCUGGGGCGCCUCUAUGGGUUCCUGCAGAACCGAGAUCCGCUCAACCCUCUGCUGGCCAGUUUCUUUAGCAAGGUCAUGGGUAUCCUGAUUAACCGAAAGACAGACCAGAUCGUGUCCUUUCUGCGGAAAAAGUCUGACUUUGUCUCCUUGUUACUCCAUCACAUUGGGACGUCGGCCAUCAUGGACCUGCUGCUGAGGCUGCUCACCUGCGUGGAGCAGCCGCCUCUGAGGCAGGAGGUCUUUCAUUGGCUGAAUGACGAGAGGAUUGUGGAGCGACUGGUCGACAUGAUCCACCCUGACCGAGAUGACUAUCAACACUCCAACGCGUCCCAAUCCCUGUGUGACAUCGUCCGUCUGAGCCGGGAACAGAUGCUUCAUCUCCAGGACAGGGAGCCCGAUCAGCUGCUGGCUACGCUGGAGAAGCAGGAGACCAUCGAGCAGCUGCUCAGCAACAUGUUCCAGGGCGCCCAGAAUGAGUCUGUGAUCGUCAAUGGCAUCCAGGUUAUAUUGACCCUGUUGGAACCUCGGAGGCCCAGGGCAGAACCGGGUGUGGGCAGCUUCUGCACCGUGGAUGGUCAGCUGGAGCUGGUGCCCCCGGGGGGCCCUGAGAGCCCCCCACCCAGCCAGGCCAACCUGGGGACGCUGAGAGCCCUGAGGCAGUGGCUUGCUCACUUCCACCAGCUGCUCCUGGAGCCCCCCACACAGGAGACUCUGCGCACGACCUGGGGCAGCCUGCAGCCCCCACUGGGCAACACACGGCUGCAUGUGGUGAAGCUCUUGGCCAGUGCCCUGAGCGCCAACAACGCAGCCCUGACGGGAGAGCUGCUGGGGAUGGACACGCUGAACGCCAUGCUGGACCUCUUCUUCACCUACGUCUUCAAUAACUUCCUGCACUCCCAAGUGGAGACGUGGGUGAGCAGCGUCCUGAGCGCCUCGGCGGCGGCUGGCGAGAACAGCAGAGAGGAUGGGCUGGAGUCCCCGGCACCAAAUCCUGCGGUCAGACAUUUGCUCCAGAAAUGCCGCCUGGUGGAGAGGAUUCUGGGCGCCUGGGAGGAGAACGACCGAGUGCAGUCGGAGGGCGGCCGCAGGAAGGGUUACAUGGGCCAUCUGACACGCAUCGCCAACGCCGUGGUGCGGAACUCUGAGAAGGGCCCCAAUGCCGCGCUCGUGGGGCAGCUGCUUCCAGAGCUACUGGGGGAGCAGCGGCAGCUGUGGGAGAAGUUUGUGUCGGGGCCUCUGUCCGAGACCAACCAGAAGAACACGGUGGACCUGGUCAGCCCCCACAACCUGCAUUCCUCCAGCGACGACGAGGACGAGCGCCUGAAGGGCUUUGGCUUUCCCCAGGAGGCCGCGCUGCAGCAGGUGCGGGCCUUCAUGGACUUCCAGAUGCAGCAGAUGACCUCGGCCUUCGUGGAGCACUUUGGUUUCAAUGAUGAAGAAUUUGGGGAACAGGAGGAGAACGUGAACGCCCCCUUCGACAAGACGGCCAGAAUCACCUUCUCCCUCAAUGCUGACGACGAGAGCCCCAACGCCAGUCUGUUUGAGCUCUGCUGCAAGGAGCGGCUCCAUCAGUUCGAUGAGGACGAGGAGGGCCUGGGGUCGGGAGGCUCUGAUGAAGAGGACGCCGUCUGGCAGGACGGCCGGCGGGGCCCGGCCCGGAGCGUGCGGAGUGGAGGCAGCACGGACAGUGAAGAGGGGGAGGAGGAGGAAGAGGAGGAAGAGGAAGAGGAAGUCAGUGGGACCAUGGGAGGGCUCGGCCCUCCCUCUUUUAACUUUUCCUGCCCAGAACUACCUGGGACACCUCCCCAGGGGCCCGGGAAGCAGAAUCCUCCUGACUCGGUGCCUCUCGGUGCCUCUGCGGACUCCUCUCCGGGUCCCCCAGGCUCCCCCGACGCCCCCUGCGGCCAUGCAGCCCAGAACGUCCACACGUCCCCAGACAGGGUGGAGGAGCCCACCCCACCCACGGCUACAGAAGCACCUCAGGAAUCGACAGAUGCCAAUGCACUAGCCUGCUACCGCCAAGCUGUCAGGCAGACCACAGCCACCCACAGUGAAUCACAAGAUCUUCCAAGACCCUCUGAAGGGGACAGUGACCUGCCGGUGCUGCCCAAUGGUCCUGCUCCAGGGGGGCCCCCUCCCUCUCCAAACACCAAAUAACCUGUCCUGUGGGGGGUCAUCAUCCUACAGACAACCGCUCCUGGCUGGCCUGUCCAUGUCAAUACCGCCACCCCGCUAUGUUGUGAAUCAGCACAUUCUCUUCCUUUCCACGACUAGGGUCUCGGUGCCCCCUUUUCUGUCCUUUCCCCUUGGAUCUUCCUGGAUUCUUGAGGAGAGUGGGUUGGCAAUAGAGACCCACACGUAGCUCUGUCCCCCCCAGCCUGGCGGGAAGCCGAAUGCAGGGAAUGGCGCGUGGGCAGGAAGAGGUCUGCCCGGAUCCCGACCUGCCCCUCUCCGCAGCCCUGUUUGCACUGAAAAAGUGGGGAGUGUUGACUCCUGAGAGAUGGAGUCCAACAGAUGCGUUAUCUCUUCUCUAGAUAGUGGAGUUGCAGUUAUAGCUGAGAAAGGGGUGAGGAAAUUUGGGGGAAUCCCACAAGAAAUAAGAUAGGUGUUCUGUGCCCACCACAACUCCAGAGGGCAGCCCAGGCCUUGGAGGUUUGAAGGUGGUCCCAGAGAAGAGAAGACUGUGCCUUGCUUUGUGGGACAGGGUGGCAAGCCGUCACUCUUCCCAGUCCCCCUGUUGUUUUGGGGGGGUGGGGGUGCUUUUCUUACUUUCCCUAAGGACCCCAGGGACUUCAGGAUGAGGGUAUGCUCCAAGUUUCUGGGGCUUUUGCCCUAGAUGCCAAGUGGCCUUGUUUCUCCUUGCCUAGCCUGUGUGUUAAGGCUAAGCUGUUUUCAUUUUCCUGACCUGAAUAAAGAUUUAAGAAGUU